GUUCAAGAAGAUCUUCACAAGCUGAAAGCCAGAGUGAAAAAUACCAACUUGAAAGGAAAUGUAGAAGCCGUGGAUAUUAGUGACCUGGAAACGGCAAUUGAAAGAACUGAACUUGGGCAGAGAAAACAUGCUGAAAAUUAUUUAAAUGCUAUAAACAGACAAGUAUUAACUAUUUCUUCUACUGAUAAUAAAGAAGUACAUUCAAAAGAUCCCCCUACAUGGGGCCUUCAUUUUGGUGGUUCUCAGAAACAGCUUGUUUUACCACGAGUACCCGUUGAGCCCGUGACCAUCCAGGGAUACAGCAAAUCAGCACUACGUGUUUCCCAAGGUUCACAGCAUCAGCUGGAAACAGAUAUGAAAAUUAUGCUUGACCCAGAGGACAUCAGUAAUAAAGCUGUUUUAAAACAGCAGAACUAUGAGACCAGGCUGCCACUUAUAACUAAGAAAAAACCUGCUCCUAUGGGCAGUCCACAGAUAGUGAAAGGCCGUGCAGUUACCAGCCUUUGGGGUUUGCCUGCUUCUCACCACAGGGAUUUUCCCUUACCCCUCUUAGAGGAAGAUGUAACAAAAGGUAUUCUGAGCCUAAGUGAACAAAGGCUCAUCCCUCCAGUAGCAAAGACAACUCUCCAGACACGUCCUGUUGUAUCCAAAGCAGCUCCUUUCCACGAAUUUCCCAGGCAGCACAAGAAACCAGCUGUAGGUGAUGGUAGGGUGGACCCUGAGAAUACAGACACCAUCACCUUCCCAAACUCAAAGGAAGGAAUUUCUGGCACAUAUUCCUCUAGCAAAGGUAAUAUUGCUCCACUUCCAUCCAGCAGCUCCAUGGUUUCAGCAAGGAAAUCAAAGGCGGUGUGGACAUGUGCAGCUCAACAGUUGGAAUCUGAGCUGCAGGUUCCCUCUCAGACACAGCCCCAGCAAAUGUCUCCAUGCCAGUCCUUGCAGGAGCCGCGUUUUGAUUGCGACAUUGCUGUUUGCCAUGGCACGAUAGACCAGAAAGCUCCAGGCUUUCUGGCAUUCAAGCAACAUUAUUGUUUAUCUUGGGGGAGCAUUGUCUCUUUUUUGGAACACACAGAAAAGCUCCUCAAGGACUACGCGGUACCGUUGGCUACAAUAAGCUGUAAAAAGUUGGCGGAAGUCGCGUCCGACUUCGAGCUUAAUGAGAAUCCCACCAAAAGUGAUAUUUUGUCAGUGAUAAAGAACCAAGCAGCCGUGGAAAAGAUCUUAAAUCGACCUGGCCAAAGAUACAAAGGCCAAGGGGGUACCGAAACGGCCGCUACGAAGAUCCAAGCAACGUGGCGACGUUACAGGGCCAGAAAAGCCUACGUCCGCUCCAGGCAGCAGCAGUGGGCAUCAGGUGUGAUCGCCGUUUCUUGGCUCUUGCGCAAUCGCGUGGCACGUGUGAAACAGACCCUGAAGGAAUCGCGUCGGAGACACCUGGAGAGUUUUUACAGCAGGGCCAAGCAUCUGGCAGCCAACUGGAAUCGCAUCAGGACCUCCAGGAGGACCAUUAUCCAUAUCCCAUCAUUAGGUAUAACACUUUUGCCUGCAAAUCUAUCAGCAACCUCUAUUACCCACCACAUUAUGACUCCUUGA